GAUUUGUGACCAGCCCCUCACGAAGGCAAGGUAUACAGUAUACUCAAAGCAGUAUGUAUAUGCUUUGAGUAUGUGCGUUGAUUCAACAGACUUCCUGACUGCAGUGAUGAAGGGCAACAUGUGGAUCUUUGCUACACUGAGUCUACUCCUUUGCUGGAUGAUGCCCGUUGACUCCAUGGUGAUACGUUUUAACUUUCCUCUACAAAAACACAACAUCCCACUGAGCAUGGUUGAAAAUUCGGUUGAUGACAUGUAUUUUGGCUGCGAAAAAGAAAUGGAGUAUUUAGUGAAGGAUAAAUUCUUUCCGGAAGAACAAUGCAUGAAAGAAUUCCGAGAACACUGGAGGGUGGCAAAAUCUUGUGCGAAAAAGAAACAGAGAAAGGAUAAGGAUCUUACCAUGGAUCACAUGAAGGCAAUCUGUAUUUACACAGCUCACAAUGUGUACAGGAAGUUUAAUACUGCAGUCCGGACAAAAGGGUGUAUCUAUCGCUCCAAAUUCCAGUACCACUCUCUACAUUACCUGUUGACUUCUGCCAUACAGAUCUUAAAUAACAACUACUCCUGUCACUCUACUUUCAGACGAACCAAGGAUAUUUAUACUGGUGAAGUCAACCAAAAAAUUCGGUUUGGCUCUUUUACCUCAACAUCUUACAAACCAAAUUUGACGCACUUCGGUAAAAAGACCUGCUUCAAAAUUAAGACCUGUCUAGGCGCUUUUCUGAAAAAAUAUCCAGUCCUUGGUGAUCAUGAGAAAGAAGUUCUCAUCCCUCCCUAUGAAAUAUUCAACAUAACUGAGAUAAUCAAUGAUCCAAACAAAAUUCAAGGUCUGGAGGAUUGUGAAGUUGUCUUUGUCUUGGUGAGUGCAGGGGUCAAGAGCAAUCUGAACUGCAAUGUUGUGCAUUUUAAAUGAAGCUGUAUUGCUCCAACCAAUGGAAAAUACUAUGUUCAUAAAUGAAUUAGUUACACGCUGUUAAACAUGGCUUAAUAUUUUUUGUAAACUUGUUUGAUCCAUUUCUCCAACAACGUGGUAAUUUUUUUUUGUCCAAAUACUAAGACUUUUUAGAACUUUGAUUGUUGUAAUUGUUAAAAAGAAACUUAAAAUAACUGCUUUUGCUUAAGUAAUUAA